AUGGCUACUUCUAUUAACCUGAAUCUCCUCGGUGAUAACUACCCUGUCUUUCCCAUGUCCACUGUUCAAGUUCUAUAUUCCGAGCGAUACCAGAAAUUACGUUAUGACUCUUCAGUUCCACUUGAAGAUUAUGUGACUACUUUGCCCACGUCCCUCUUAUUCCUGCAGAUUCCACACCAAUUUAUCUUACACCCACCUUCUCACCACGCUUACCUUACUUCUGCACUCUCACACCUCAACCUGCCUCCUCAAUUUCUCCACCAAAUCAUAUCGUUGGCUCUCAACUUGGCCACCAACAAUAGCCUUCUUGGGUCUUAUUUCAUUGUGGCUGGAUUGGAGUACCUCCGUGUUGAACAAGCAAACGACGAUGAUGAGAUUCUUCGUGCCGAAUUCAGGGACAUGGUGAAUGCUGGGGUGGCACCGAGUGACGAUAUUGAUGAUUUACUUAACGAUUUUAUGAACUUGUUGAAUGGUUUCGGUUGGGAGUCGGAAUCAACUGAGGAAGGUGCAUCAACAAGCGCAAUUGACGAGUUGGUCAAAAACGGUGGCUUUGUUGCGAGCAGCAGUCAAGAAAGGCAAGGAUUUGAUGUGGGUUUUACUUGCAGUGUGUGUUUGGAGGAACCGCAAGCAGGGGAUAAGCUCAUACGUAUGAACUGCUCUCAUGUAUAUCACCAAUCUUGUCUACUUCCAUGGCUCCAGAGGCAUAACGCCUGUCCUAAUUGCCGUUGCAAACUCGAUGAACAAUGA